AUGCCCCAGUUCGACGAGUACGUGAUCUGCGCCGCGGGCGCCAUCGACUCUGUCCACGGCGACGGCUCGCGAGUGAGCAUCAGCGCCGGGCAGGGCGCAUUCCUCCCGAGGGUCAUGCGCGUCAGGUGGGUGUGGCCAGAGGCGACGACGUACUUCGUGCUCUGUCUGCCCGCCUUCUCGCCGGAGCUCGCGGGCCGCGAGGCCGAGGAGGGCGCCGCCGUUGCCAAGGACGGGGAGAGCAUGCAGCGGCUCGAGCGGCUGCACCACGAGCGCAAGGCAGCGGGCGUGCCGCAGGAAUGA